ACUCUCACAGGAAUCAUCCACCCAUCCACAGACGGCACUAAGCUGUACGCUGCAGUGGGGUCUUCAGUCUCUCUCCCCUGUGUUUUCUCCUCCGGUCUGACCCCCUCUGAUCCGAUCUGGGAGAAACUGAAACCUGGAUUUCUUUUCAAACCUUCCUCCGGUCGCCUUCCUGCUUCUUUCUCUCUGUCCUCGUCCUCCUCUCAGCCUCUCAGCGAUAAAUCUGCCAGUCUGACAGAAGUCGAGGUUGGGGAUAAGGGUCGCUACAGAUGCUCUGGUGCUCUGGACGGACAGCAGCUGUCCCGAAAUAUGGAGCUAGUUGUUGCUAAAAUCAUCAGCAGCCCCCCGUCAAAGACCUCUGUGACGCUGACCUGCGAUCUGACGGACAGCAGCGAGGUCACCGACUACGAGUGGGUUCAACUGAUCUCUGACCUCAACGGCAGCCAAUCGGUUCAGUCCGUUCAGAAGGGAAUCUCUCUGAGUAUAAACACCGAGUCCGAGGAGAACCAGGGGGAAUGGGCCUGCCGGUUCUCCGGGAAACACGGCAUUCUGGGAAAUGUGACAUACCACAUCCACACGAUGAGCGGUCUGAGUGGACAUAAAUCUCCGGGGUCCUCUCAGAACACGGCUGUUGUGGUCGGCCUGGGCUUCCUGCUCCUUGUUCUGCUGCUGAUCCUGGCUCAGAUGUACAAGAACCACCGACGGAGGAAAAGGAUCUUUCAGUUUCCUGCGUUGGAGACAAUUGUUCACACCAACUCUAAUGAGCGGGAGGAGAGAGAAAGAAACCAAGAGAAGAAGUAAAGACACCUUGAAGCAGAGGAAGAUGAUCUCUCAGAGACUGACCUGAGAUCUGUCUUCAUGUCUGCAACAUGUUGGGAGAAUUUAGUUUGCACAAGUUUUGUAAAUACAGUAUUUUCAGAGCAGACGAUGUAGCAGUAUUUUUGUUGAUUUGAAAUGUAUCCUGUUGUUUCCAUGUAUGCAUAUUGAGAAAAGAAUGUUCUACAAAUA